AUGAGUCAGUUUAAGUUAAAAGCAGAAUCAGACCCGUACCCGGAAGCUCUUACUGACCCUGCCUACAAGGGACAGAUUCUCACCAUGGCCAAUCCCAUUAUUGGGAAUGGUGGAGCCCCUGACACCGCUGCGCUGGAUGAGCUGGGACUUAGCAAAUAUUUGGAGUCUGAUGGAAUUAAGGUUGCAGGUUUGCUGGUACUGAAUUAUAGCAAUGACUAUCACCACUGGCUGGCUACCAAGAGUCUCGGGCAGUGGCUACAGGAAGAAAAGGUCCCUGCAAUUUAUGGAGUGGAUACAAGAAUGCUGACCAAAAUAAUUCGGGAUAAGGGUACCAUGCUUGGGAAGAUUGAAUUUGAAGGUCAGUCUGUGGGUUUCAUGGAUCCAAAUAAGCAGAAUCUGAUCGCUGAGGUUUCAACCAAGGAUGUCAAGGUGUAUGGCAAAGGAAACCCCACGAAAGUGGUAGCCGUAGACUGCGGGAUUAAAAACAAUGUAAUUCGCCUACUAGUAAAGCGAGGAGCUGAAGUGCAUUUAGUUCCCUGGAAUCAUGAUUUCACCAAGAUGGAGUAUGAUGGGCUUUUAAUUGCUGGAGGACCUGGGAACCCUGCUCUUGCACAACCACUAAUCCAGAAUGUCAAAAAGGUUUUGGAGAGUGAUCGCAAGGAGCCAUUGUUUGGAAUCAGUACAGGAAAUUUAAUAACAGGGCUGGCUGCUGGUGCCAAAACCUACAAGAUGUCCAUGCCCAAUAGAGGGCAGAAUCAGCCUGUUUUGAAUAUCACAAACAGACAGGCUUUCAUUACUGCUCAGAAUCAUGGCUAUGCCCUGGACAGCACCCUUCCUGCUGGCUGGAAACCACUUUUUGUGAAUGUCAAUGAUCAAACCAACGAGGGGAUUAUGCAUGAGAGCAAACCCUUCUUCGGUGUACAGUUCCACCCAGAGGUCAGCCCGGGCCCCACAGACACUGAGUACCUAUUUGAUUCUUUUUUCUCACUGAUAAAGAAAGGGAAAGGUACCACGAUUACAUCAGUUCUGCCCAAACCAGCACUAGUUGCAAGUCGAGUUGAGGUUUCCAAAGUCCUUAUCCUAGGAUCGGGAGGUCUGUCCAUUGGUCAGGCAGGUGAAUUUGAUUACUCAGGAUCACAAGCUGUAAAAGCCAUGAAGGAAGAAAACGUCAAAACUGUCCUGAUGAACCCAAAUAUUGCAUCAGUGCAAACCAACGAGGUGGGCUUAAAGCAAGCAGAUACUGUCUACUUUCUCCCCAUCACCCCUCAGUUUGUCACUGAGGUCAUCAAGGCGGAACGGCCAGAUGGGUUAAUUCUAGGCAUGGGUGGCCAGACAGCUCUGAACUGUGGAGUGGAACUAUUCAAGAGAGGUGUACUCAAGGAGUAUGGUGUGAAAGUCCUAGGGACCUCAGUUGAAUCCAUUAUGGCCACAGAAGAUAGGCAGCUAUUCUCAGACAAACUGAAUGAAAUUAAUGAAAAGAUUGCUCCAAGCUUUGCAGUGGAAUCGAUCGAGGAUGCUCUGAAAGCUGCAGACACCAUUGGCUACCCAGUGAUGAUCCGUUCUGCCUAUGCCCUGGGUGGGUUAGGCUCAGGCAUCUGUCCCACUAAGGAGAUCUUACUGGACCUCAGCACAAAGGCCUUUGCUAUGACCAACCAGAUUCUGGUGGAGAGGUCAGUGACAGGUUGGAAAGAAAUAGAAUAUGAAGUGGUCCGAGAUGCUGAUGACAAUUGUGUCACUGUCUGUAACAUGGAAAAUGUCGAUGCCAUGGGUGUUCAUACAGGAGAUCUAAACAUGUUGAAGAUAGAAAAUAAGGAGUCUUCGGUGUUUUUGAAAUUCAACAGUUCACUGGUCCUUAUUGUGUCUGUUCUAAACUUGAAUCUCUCUUUUUCAUUAAAUCCUAGUGAGUCCAUUACAGAAGAAACCCUGAAAAAGUCAAAGGAGAUUGGGUUCUCAGACAAGCAGAUUUCAAAAUGCCUUGGGCUGACUGAGGCCCAGACAAGGGAGCUGAGGCUAAAGAAAAACAUCCAUCCUUGGGUGAAACAGAUCGAUACACUGGCUGCAGAAUACCCAUCAGUAACAAACUACCUCUAUGUUACCUACAAUGGUCAGGAGCAUGAUAUCAAUUUUGAUGACCAUGGAAUGAUGGUGUUGGGCUGUGGUCCAUAUCACAUUGGCAGCAGUGUGGAAUUUGAUUGGUGUGCUGUCUCCAGCAUCCGCACACUGCGUCAGCUUGGCAAGAAGACAGUGGUGGUGAAUUGCAACCCUGAGACCGUGAGCACAGACUUUGAUGAGUGUGACAAACUGUACUUUGAAGAGUUGUCUUUGGAGAGAAUCCUAGACAUCUACCAUCAGGAGGCAUGUGGGGGCUGCAUCAUCUCAGUUGGGGGUCAGAUUCCAAACAAUCUGGCAGUCCCUCUGUACAAGAAUGGUGUCAAGAUCAUGGGCACGAGCCCUCUGCAGAUCGACAGGGCCGAGGAUCGCUCCAUCUUCUCAGCUGUCUUGGAUGAGCUGAAGGUGGCUCAGGCGCCCUGGAAGGCUGUUAACACUUUGAAUGAAGCACUGGAAUUUGCAAAGUCUGUGGGCUACCCCUGCUUGUUGAGACCUUCCUAUGUUUUGAGUGGGUCAGCCAUGAACGUGGUAUUCUCUGAGGAUGAGAUGAAAAAAUUCCUAGAGGAGGCCACUAGAGUGUCUCAGGAACACCCAGUGGUGCUGACAAAAUUUAUUGAGGGAGCCCGGGAAGUGGAAAUGGAUGCUGUUGGCAAAGAUGGAAGAGUUAUCUCCCACGCUAUGUCUGAACAUGUGGAAGAUGCAGGUGUCCACUCAGGAGAUGCUACUCUGAUGCUGCCCACACAAACCAUCAGCCAAGGAGCCAUUGAAAAGGUGAAGGAUGCUACCCGAAAGAUUGCAAAGGCUUUUGCCAUCUCUGGCCCAUUCAACGUCCAGUUUCUUGUCAAAGGAAAUGAUGUCUUGGUGAUUGAGUGUAACCUGAGAGCUUCUCGAUCCUUCCCCUUUGUUUCUAAGACACUGGGGGUAGACUUCAUUGAUGUGGCCACCAAGGUGAUGAUUGGAGAGAGCAUUGAUGAGAAACCUCUUCCCACAUUGGACCAUCCCAUAAUUCCUGCUGACUAUGUUGCAAUUAAGGCUCCAAUGUUUUCCUGGCCCCGGUUGAGGGAUGCUGACCCCAUUCUGCGUUGUGAGAUGGCUUCCACCGGAGAGGUGGCUUGCUUUGGUGAAGGUAUUCACACAGCUUUCCUAAAAGCAAUGCUUUCCACAGGGUUUAAGAUACCCCAGAAAGGCAUCCUGAUUGGAAUCCAGCAAUCAUUCCGUCCCAGAUUCCUUGGUGUGGCUGAACAAUUACACAAUGAAGGCUUCAAGCUCUUUGCCACGGAAGCCACGUCAGACUGGCUCAAUGCCAACAAUGUCCCUGCCACCCCAGUGGCAUGGCCCUCUCAGGAAGGACAGAAUCCCAGCCUCUCUUCCAUCAGAAAAUUGAUUAGAGAUGGCAGCAUUGACCUGGUGAUUAACCUCCCCAAUAACAACACUAAGUUUGUCCAUGAUAAUUAUGUGAUUCGGAGGACAGCUGUUGACAGUGGAAUUGCUCUCCUCACUAAUUUCCAGGUGACCAAACUUUUUGCUGAAGCUGUGCAGAAAUCCCGCAACGUGGACUCCAAGAGUCUUUUCCACUACAGGCAGUUCAGUGCUGGGAAAAUGGCAUAGAGCAUAAACACCCAGCUCCAGCUGAAAUCAACCCAAGCCACACUGGAUCUAAAGGAACGGACUUCCAGCCGUCUUCCAUAGAGACAAAUACUGACACCAAACUAUUUUCAGUUUACUUGGUUAUGCCUAAAUGUUCUUUUCUUUCACAAAUUGUUGUCCGUCACUUUUUACAAACCUUGCUUAAACUUCUUCCUAAAUAACUUGUUCUACAUGAGAAUUCAUCUAUUUUCUAAUGCCUUAUUUUUGGUGGGGCAAGCUUACCUAUGUGCCUCUUUGCAGCUAACAUUUUAUGGUGCUGAUGAAUGAUGAUCAAGGUAGAAAAUGUCGCUGCUCUAUUUUCUGAACUAUUCCCAUACAUACUUUCAAUACACUAUUGUCAUUGCUUUUAAGUAGCAUCUGCCACACAGGACAUUUUAACAAGUCAGAAUACUAAAAAAAUUUGUUAAAACGAAAUAUGAAUUUAAUUUAUGAACCCCUUUGUAAUGAUGUUUGUGUAAUGCAUCUUUUUGAUAAUUAUGCUCAAUUAUCUGGCUCACCCAGGAAUAUUCCUAUUCCUUUUCAUAGUACUGACUUUGAGAAGUGGCAGAGGUCUUUAAAGUAUGGAUUUCUUCAGAGGACACUGGUUUGCAGUUUUGUGUUUUGGAGUAUGUCAGCAGAUAGCAGAUACUGCUGAGGUGGUUUUCUGUUCUUGUUUUCCUUUGGAUUUUAAACCAGAGCCAAGUGAAAUCUUCAGAUUGAUACCAUCUCUCUCCACCUCUACCCAACCCCCGGCAACUUUGGAAUAACUUGGAAGUUAUGUCCACUCCCUUCAGAUUAUGGAUUCUGUUGAUUUACUGAGCCCCAUAUUGCACUAUGAAUUCCACACAUUUUAAACACAAGGUCCCCAUUCCUUCUGCCUACAAGAAAAGUCCUUCCUACAGGCAGCCUGUGUAACUUUUAAACAUUUUGUGUAUUACAAGUGCUCUAAUUGUAAACUUUUAAAUAAAAUGCUAUUAAGAGGCGA